UAAUGUUGAAUAUUGAUAAUAUUGUUGAAAUGUACAGGGCAACAUUGGUAGUUUCAUCAAAUAAAUAUUUUUUUUUUAAAAGCAAGACAAUCUGCGUCAGAAAUAUGUUGUCCAUUAUUGAUGCAAUUCUUGAUUUGGUUGUCCUUGCAUAAGGUUCAAGUCUGAAUACUUAGGUGAAAAUGAAAGAAUUGCAGGUGAAUCCAGGUUGUGACAAUAUGCAGCAUGUGUUUGGACUGGGAGAAACAACAAGGCAUGUGUGGUGAAUAUUUUGCUAAAGCUAUGGGAUACUGGCAGCAGAAAUCACAUUCUAACUGGGUAGUUGAGGGGGAAAAAACACAAGGUACUUCCAUGGGAUUGUAAGGGAGAGAAGAAGAAAGCAAUACAUACAUAAAAUAAAAAAAAAAUGAUGAGGGGAAGUGGGAGGUGGAGCAAGGGAGAAUAACAGAACUUGCUGUCAAGUUCUUUGAGGAGCUAUACACAGAAGGGGAGGUGCGGACUAACAUGGAUGUUUAUAAUUGUUUGCAGGGGCUGGUCAGUAAUGAGGACAAUGAAAAUCUCACAAAAGUACCAACAAUACAAGAGGUAAGACAAUGUGUGUUCAGUAUGAAGCCUGAAAGUGCUGCAGGACCUGAUUGCUUUGGUGGUGGUUUUUACCAAAGCUGUUGGGAGGUGAUAAAAGAUGAUCUGCUGAAUCUGGUAAGAGAUUUCUUUCAAGGAAAAGCCCUAACUAGGGCUGUAACUCACACAGCAAUAGUGCUCAUACCUAAGGUGUCUAAUCCUGCAACCUUUGCACAGUUUAGACCCAUAAGUUUGAGCAACUAUUGCAACAAAAUCAUUACCAAAAUCAUGGUGACCAUGUUAUCCAAUGUCCUCAUCAGAGUGGUUUCUCCCUAUCAAGCAGGAUUUGUUAAAGAUAUGAAUAUCAUUGACAACAUCUUGCUUGCAGAGGAGUUAUGCCAUGGAAUCACGGCUUCAAAUGAAGAUGUGGUUCUUAAGCUAGAUAUGACCAAGGCAUAUGAUAGAAUGUCUUGGAAGUGUGUGACCACUUUGAUGAGGAAAAUGGGGUUCAGUGAAGGUUAGAUUGGGUUAGUUGAAAGGGCAAUUGGGAAUAUUUGAUAUUCAGUCAUAGUGAAUGGGGCUCAACAUGGCUUUUUUCAUGCUACAAGGGGACUGAGACAGGGUGAUCCAUUGUCACAUAGGCCCUGUUUGGUAAAUGGUUGUUGGCUGAUUGGGUUGGCUGUUUGGGU